UCGCCCUGCGUCUCACUACAGUCUCAACUCGCCUGCAAGCUCGCGCUGUCGGCCUGUUCUUCAUGCGUUUGUUUGGCUUGUCAAGCAGAAGUAUGGGCUCAGUGGAUCGGAGAUUGGCCUUGGAUUAUGCUGCCGUUCCAACCGACCAGAAUGAUGCGGGAUUCGGUUGUUCUCCUGCUAUAUAAAAGCAAACCUCGGGAAUGAGCACUUCUGCUUCUUCGCUCGUGUUUUAUUCGCCAGGGCUGAGCGUAGGCUAUAUGGGACAGUAGCGAGUCUAACAGCUUUAACAGCCUUCUUUUGUAGACAAAAGAAGGCUGCGAAGUAAUAUUCACAAAUUAAAGAGGUUGUCUCCAAUCUAUGGAGAAAGUGGGCAAGAUGUGGGGUAACCUCAGGAGUAGAUGCCAAGCCCUCUUCAACAAGGAUGGCACAGAGUCCAGUCUGUGUAGCCAGGACUUAGAUUGUGUUCACUGUGUGGUGGACUUGGGCAGGGGAGCACAUGCAGAACCCUAUGAAACUAGGUCUUCCACACCCUCACGGACUUUGUCACCACUCCCACUGGUUACUGGAGGACGCAGAGGCCAUAACUGUGUGGCAGAUAUUCCCCAGAUAGUAGAAAUCUCCAUUGACAAAGAGAGUGAUGAAGCAAGGAGGGCCCCCCUUGUGCGUAGGGACUCCUACUCACGUCAUGCUCCCUGGGGAGGUAAAAAGAAACAUUCUUGCUCAACUAAAACACAAAGUUCACUUGAGGCUGACAGGCGAAUGGGACGCUCAAGAGGAAGUACAGCCAGGAGAGAGCGCCGUUAUGGAGUUAGCUCCAUCCAAGAGAUUAAUGAUUCUGUAGGAGCUGGCAGCAGUGGGCGCAGCCUUAGCAACCGUUCUCUGCGGCAGCGACUUCGAGACACCGUAGGCUUGUGCCUUCCUCUCACCACGCACCGCCGCUCUCAGUCAGCCAAAGGCCAGGUGUCCUCCAAACGUAAGAUCCACCUGACGGAACUGAUGCUUGAAACAUGCCCUUUCCCACCCGGUUCGGAUCUAGCCAACAAGUGGCACUUAAUUAAGCAACAUACAGCACCAGUCAGCCCUCAUUCCUCAACUGCUCUUUUGGAUGCAUUUGAUUCAGCACAUUCUUCCCCUGAGGACGAGGAGGAGAGACUGCGUGAACGACGUAGACUUAGCAUAGAGGAAGGAGUGGAUCCCCCUCCAAACGCACAGAUCCAUACACUGGAGGCAACUUCACAGACCUCUUCCCUCUAUAAACUGGGACCAAAGAUGGCUCCUGUUGUUGGGGAAGGACUUGUGGAGGGCAGGAGCCUGGGAACAGUCUCCUCCAUUUCUGGGGGGUUAUCGGGAAUUGCCGCACAAGUUGCAGCGAGUUUGGCAGUGCCAUCUCACACUGUUGACUGUGACUCUGAGGAGGACUCAACUACCCUUUGCUUACAGACACGAAGGCCCAAGCAGAGGCAUGCCUCUGGAGACACUCACUGCUCCAGACAGCCAGGGCCUUGGAAGGUCCACACACAGAUUGACUAUAUCCAUUGUUUGGUUCCUGACCUACAGGCCAUAACUGCACUUCCUUGCUAUUGGGGGGUGAUGGACCGGUACCAAGCAGAGGCACUGCUGGACGGACGGCCAGAAGGAACCUUCCUGCUACGUGACUCUGCACAGGAGGACUACUUGUUCUCCGUUAGUUUUCGACGCUACAAUCGUUCGCUGCAUGCACGCAUUGAACAAUGGAAUCACAACUUUAGUUUUGAUGCGCAUGACCCCUGUGUCUUCCACUCCUCCACGGUAACAGGCCUGCUUGAGCACUAUAAAGACCCCAGUGCCUGUAUGUUCUUUGAGCCCCUGCUCACUGCUCCCUUACACCGGACUUUCCCUUUCAGCCUUCAGCACCUGGCGCGAGCCGCCAUCUGCAGAUGCACCACCUACGAUGGCAUUGGUGCCUUGCCACUGCCUCCAACCAUGCAGGACUUCCUCAAGGAGUAUCACUACAAACAGAAAGUCCGUGUUCGCUGGCUAGAGAGAGAGCCGCCAUUCAAGGUCAAAUGAGGUCUGGUUCUGUGCCGAGGAAGGCAGGAGUGUGGGCAAGAGCUUUACCGCCAGAGGAGUCUGUGUCUCAUAUUAUCAAUCAAACUGCUGGCUUUAGACACAAGGCAAAAGGGGAUGUUAUGAACUUCCGGCAGUUUUUUUCCUGCUAAUACUACACGUGGAAUCCAUACAUAUGUUUCAAUGCAGUACAUUCUGUCAAGCUAGCUUAUGUGCUUAAGUGUUGAGCAUGCUGGUAAUGAGAUGGUCUUAUUCUCUCUGCUCUUUUUUAUAUGACCUUAUAUCCAGUAGAUCUUCACUAGCAUGCCUCCUGCAUUUUAUCUUCUAGUGUUUUACACUAUUUUGAGCAGGUAAUCUGUGUUGUUACAUUACUUAGCCUCAUUUGUGAGGCAAGUGGAUGAAAUCUAUAUUAGCUUAGUCCAGUGAUUAAAAUAUAUUCAUCAAAUAAUCUUGGAACUCUCGAUACCUGAAUAUCUGCUACUAUCUAAAACUUAAUGUUAAACAUCUAGACAUGUUAACUAUAUGACUAUUUGCUAAAUAAUGGCUAAUUUAUCAGCAAUACCUUCAAGAUACUUUACAGCACCCUCCUACAAGUGUUAAGUUCCCUGAGACAGCACUUGUUAAGCCUUGUGUACAUGGACUGAAUCACAGUUAUACAUGCAUUUCUCAGAACUAAGCAUGUUUUAUUUUUAAAAUACAGAAGUGAAAGGCAUGAAUUAAUUGUGUGAGGAGAAAGGAGCUACUAUAUGCAAAAAGCUACUUUUUCCUUUUACCCAGUGGCCCUAGAGUGGGAACACAGGCACAGUGCACCAUGUGCCAUAUGAUAGAAAGGACAGAUUAUUUAAAACUGGGCCCUCCUGUAGUGUCAUAUCCCACCAUAAUUCUUGUUUUAAACAAUCUAUUUGACUAUUUUCCAUUUUUAUCAUUGACAGUCUAAAAUGACAUAGGGCACUUUAAUUGUUGUUUGCGUACCACACAAUGACUUAAAGACUCAAGGACAUGCAUAUAAACAGAUUGGUUGUCUGUAUGUUUUUUUAUGGACCUUAUUCAUAGGAUGUCAGUUUAUCCCCCAUUUUCCCAGCACGAGUCACCCGAAGUUUGUUACUGUCAAGUAUCUCUUACCUUGCCUGUGCAUAUGGUAUUUGCUCAAAGCUAUAUUUUAGCUAACAUGGUUAUAUAUGCAACAACCGGAAAUGGACCAAGAAAGUCCUCUGUAAAACUUGUAUAGAUGCCUCUAAGAUUAUUUUCCCUUUAGAUAUUGUUGGAACACAAAUGCCAUCACUGCGUAUAUAUUUUGUUUGUUGGAUUGAUGUCCAGUUCUUUUAUAAAGUGUGGUUGGUUUCACUUGAUAAUGUUGCACUUUUAUUCAUUAUGAAGCAUGCAGCUAUGCUUCCCUUGUCAUAAUUGUGUGCACUAGUGAUUGAGAUUCCCUGAACACUGUAAACCACAUAGUUAUAAAACUCUAUACUUUUGAUGUUCUUGGCUUUACACAAAAAUUUCAAUUAAGGCCAACAAAAUCAUGCUCAUGUUUAAUAUCAGAUGUUCAGCAUUGCAAUGGUAGACUUUUAAGUUCCAGGCAGACGUCAGGCCAUGCAUAAUUAUGUAAAACUGAUACAUUUUGCAGAAUUUUGGUGUUUGAUGAUCAGUGACCAAAGGUGUGUAUCUCUAGGUUGUUAUUGUGAAUGAGAAAUCUUCCACCAUGCCUCUUGAUUAUUUAUAUUGAGCUAUAGCUUAAUUAUAGUGUCCAGUUUUCUGUCAGAAUACCACCCAUUUGGAAGCCAUUUAUUUGAACUGCAAUUACAUUUUUUCAGAACACGCCUCGGUUGUCGCUGAAAGGAAGUCAUUUUGUUAAUUUAAAAAAAAAAAUUCACUCUAUUUUUCCACUUGAAUGACCUGAAUUAAUACUCAAAACAACCAUCUUAAAAUUUCUUCCACCCUGCACACUGUAUGCUCUGUAUACAGACUCAUAUUAUGUCAAAUGUGUAGCGGUACAUGUCAGAUGAUGUCAUCUGCUUUUAAGACUUUAUAGCUUUGAGAAUAAUAUACCUUUCAUUGAAUCUACCGACAGAAUAUGAGCACUUAGCCACAGCUAGCAGUUUCACAGCUGCUCCCUAGCCUACCCUGCUGAAGAAAAGCCAUCUGAAACCAGCCUAAGCCGGUUUGCUGGUUUUAGUUGGUCUCCCAGGUUGUAGGCACUUUUCUUCUGGUCAGGCUGGGAGACCAGAUUGACCAAUUGAAGACCAGCUUUGCCAGGCUGACACACCAGCCUAAACCAGCUAAAACCACCUUAGGCUAGUUAAAGUAGGUUUUUAUUUAAAAAAAAAAAAAAAAAAAAAAAAAAACACUUAUAGAUUAUAUUUGACAACUAUGUUUAAUCCAGUUUUUCAUGGUUGUAAGGAUAUGGUAACAUUGUAAUGC